UUGAGUUCUACCCAGGAUGCUUGUCACGUUAGCCUUGUGAACUCUGGAGGGGUCUCUGCUCCAUUCCGAACCCCGUCUUCUCUGUAGCAAGUUCCCAUCGCCUGCACCGUCCUUCCCGGAUUACAGGUCUGAGGAUUAAAUGAGUUCACUCACGCAAGCACGGAGUGCGCUGUCAUUUUUGCUGUUAUUCAAUGAAACGGUCUCUGAAGCCAGCCUCACCCUCCCCGGUCCCCUUUCCCGGGUACCCCACACUACUGGACUUCGCUGGCAGGCGCUGGGGCCCACGCACGACAACUCCCACAUCUUCGGCUUCGCCGCUCCACCACCCUCCCUCCCACCUUCUCUGAUGGCAGGAACAGAGAUGUCAUUGAGAGCCUGCCGCCUGGGAUGAGGCAAGAUCUGCCCCGGGAUCGCUCACUCUUCUCCCAGCAAGAGGAGGAACUGGGUCCACCCCAGACAGAGCCUGCACCGGGAGCUCAGAACCCAGGAGGUCACCCCUGAGGGACCUGCGGAGGAGCCUGGGUCCUGUGACCGCGGCUGGCAGCAUCUCUGGGUCAAGAUGACCACACCUACCGUUUUGGGGGACACCACCUUUCCGUUGAACAUGACCACGCGGGGGGAAGACUUCCUCUAUAAGAGUGCCGGAGCCGUUGUCGCUGCGGUCGUGGUGGUCGUCCUCGUCAUCUUCACCGCGGUUGUGAUCCUGCUGAAGAUGUACAACAGGAAGAUGAGGACAAGGCGUGAGCUGGAGCCCAAGGGCCCCAAGCCAGUUGCUCCUUCUGCCAUGGACCCAAACAGCAACAGCUGCCAGCGGCCCACAACGGUGGCCUUCAGCCCUGUUGACCUCCACGCAGAGACUCGGUGACUCCUGUCGCCGCCACCCUCCCUGCCACUGUCCGAAGAGCUUUCUCCAGAGCGGAGACCCGGAAGCACAUCCUCUGGUGGCCUCGCUAUGCGUUCCUUCCGGUCAGGCCAUCAGCCAUCUUUCAUAAAGUCCCCAAGGCUUCAGGCAGUCCUUAACUUGUCCCGCCCUGCCCCACCCUGACUGUGUCCGCGUCCCUGCUGCCACCCUCUUGAGAAGCUGCGGAACAUGAUUGCAUUACCCCGAUGAGGCAGAGUUCUGCUGCAAAUCCGCUGACAUGGGUCGGGCUGUCUCCUCACAAAUGUAGCUAGACAGAGACAAGCGUGCAGGCAGGCGGCGGACAGACAUGGAGUCCUGACUCUGGGACUCAGGGAACGUGUCUGCCACUGGGCGCAUCUCAGAUUAAAUGCCAAAUCUACAGCUUUGCAGAGCGAAACACUCACCCCCGUGAUCGGGUGCAAGGAAACUUAGACUAACCAGAAAGCCAACCUGCCAGUUUAUAACUGCUUCCAGUACUAGGUGAUUGUUAGACGACCGGAGGUUAGUCCACGCCUUUCUCCCCCCUUUAAGAAAAGUUACAAGAAAAAUGGAGAGGUUUCUGCUUCAUUAGUGAAGGGUCAGUAGAAGGCACAGGGUGACCUUGAGAAUGGUGGCCCCUAGGACAAAAGCUCGCUGCAUUGUUGUGAGCCUCGACUGACCCUGGUAGCUGGUCAGGGCGCCUCCUGUCCUUCCUUCUGGGAGGUCGGACCCUGCCUCAGUCUCAUUUCUUGGCUCCCCAAGAAGCUCCGACAGUCUUGCUAACCCUUCCCCUCCCAGAACCAGUAUUCAGAGACUGGUUACACGGUAGCUCUCUUGUCUGUCUCUGACCCUCCUGGUCACCUUGCAGAGACUUUAGACAACACGUUCCCAGACCACAUCUAUCAAGAGCUGAGCUCUGACUCCCAGGCUGGAGACAAGCCUACUGGUAAGGGGAACAUUCUGGAGUUAAGGAGUCUUGCCUUCGAGCCCUACUUUCUGGUGUGUGGCCCUGGGCGAGUGACUCAGUCUUUCCACCUGCGGUUUCUAACCAUGAAGUGGAAAAUGGCAGCAUUUGCCUCCCUGAGUUAUUCUGAGUCAAGGACUGCGUAAGACUUUGCGUAUGAUGCCUGGUGCCAGAAGAUGCUUAGAAAAUGGCAGCGCGCAUUGUGCAAAGGCCCUGGGUUCAGUGCCCAGGAUAAACAAACAAAGCACAACUCCCUUGAAUAGCUCUGGAGAAGCCGGGUGUGGUGGCCCACACCUGUAAUCCCAGCACUCGGGAGGCUGAGGCAGGAGGAUCGUUG